UCACCUCAUUCACUCAUAACCCUCAACACAUCUGGCCGCCGUUUCCUCCAUAACCGCCGAUCUCAUUCUCUCUCCACCGUUCAAUCCACAUCUUAAUCAUCCUCUCUCUUCUCAAUCCAAUGGCCAGCAACGAUCCAGACCACAAGGAGGAGGAGGAAACCACCGCCGCCGAAGAAGAAGACACCGGAGCUCAGGUCGCUCCGAUCAUCAAGCUUGAAGAAGUCGCCGUCAGUACCGGUGAAGAAGACGAAGACGCUAUUCUAGAUCUUAAAGCGAAGUUGUAUCGGUUUGAUAAAGAUGGAAACCAGUGGAAGGAACGAGGUGCUGGAUCGGUUAGGUUUUUGAAGCAUAAGAAGACUGAAAAAGUUCGUUUGGUUAUGCGUCAAUCGAAAACCCUAAAGAUCUGUGCUAAUCAUUUAGUUAUUCCUACUAUGUCUGUUCAAGAGCAUGCUGGUAAUGAUAAGUCAUGUGUGUGGCAUGCUGCUGAUUUUGCUGAUGGUGAACUUAAGGAUGAACUGUUUUGUAUCAGAUUUGCUUCAGUUGAGAAUUGCAAAAAGUUUAUGGAAACGUUUCAAGAAGUGGCCGAGUCUCAAAAAGGCAAGGAAGAGAACAAAGAUGCUACAAAUGCUGCUGGUCUUCUUGAGAAGUUAAGUGUUGAAGAUAAAAAGGAUGAAGAGAAAAAGGAGGAAGAGAAAGUUGAAGUCAAGGAAGUCAAAGAGGAUGCGGCUGAAAAGGUUGACGAAGUCAAACCAGCUGAUUCCGAGAAGAAAGAGUAAGGAUGCGCUUUUCAUCCAGGAGUGGAGUCAGUCUAUUGGGUUUGGGUUUUUUGGUUUGUGUGAUGGUUACGGGUCGGGUCGGUCAGUUUGUGUUCCAAUUUGGGCGUUAUAAGAGUCUGGGUUGGGUAUAGAUAUAUGGAUUUUACAGAUGGUAUUUUCUGCAUCUGGUUGGAGUUUGGGUGUCAGGUUGAUGCAUAUUUGCAUACAGACUGUUAUUUGUUUUUAUUACUCUGGUUGGAGUUGUUUUUUAUUAUUUAAUUUGGUUUUGUUAUAUUU